UUGCUACUAGUACAUGCGACUAGCGACCUUCUUGCUCGUCUGCCUCACGACUCGCGUGUUCUCCAUGAACGUCUUGAUUGUCGAAGCUGAUGGCUACUUUGACGGCCACCAGCGCGUGCGCGUGCCGAAAGAUGCCUCGAUCGAAGCCAUCACGUCGGCCAUCCACGCUCUCUUGCCGCCGUCAGCGGCCGGCGACGCCACGCCCAUGACCAUUUUCGACGCCAGCGCCAACACCUUUGUACCAUUGACAUCCGCCGCGCAAGUCAAGACCCAUGCGCGUAUCCUUUUCCCGCGCCGGCCAUCGGGCGCGGUCGCUGCGAUCGCGAGUCGCGGCUUCAACUUUGCAUUCGACAAGGGCGAGAUGACGAUCCACGGAGAGCCCGUGCUCAUUGAUGAGGUCGGCAACACGGGCCAAGGCACGGGUUUGACGAUCUGGGAUGGCUCGGUGGUCUUGGCCAAGUACCUCGAGCAGCAGCCGCGAGGUAGCCCCCACAGCGUCGCUGGGCGCCGCGUCAUUGAGCUCGGUGCUGGCACCGGGCUCGUCGGGCUCGCCGCGGCCUUUUGCGGUGCCGAUGAUGUGCUCCUGACCGACCUUGCGUACACGCUGGCCAAUACCAACCACAACAUUGCACUCAAUAAGGAGCGGUUGCGCGCCUUGCACCCGACCCAAACAACGCGCGCUGCAGAGCUCGACUGGUUCCAUCGCGACUUCCCGUCGUCGUUGCAGCUCGACGCGGCCGACGUGAUCCUGGGUUCGGACAUUGUGUGGGUUGAGACAUUGAUUCCCGCCCUGGUUGCAACCAUUGAGCGGCUCUUGCGCUGGCCACUGACGCCAGGGCGCAGUAAAAAGAACCGACUCAUGCUGCUGUCGCACCAAACGCGAAGCUCCGCGUCCGACGACAUGCUCUUCCGGCUUCUUGGACACGCCGGUCUCUCGGUGCGGCGCCUCCUCGAUAGUCCCGACGACGUGUCGCGCGUCGCGGCCGUGUACCCUGACGGUAGCAUGGCCGAGAAGAUCCGUUUGUUCGAGAUCCAAGACGUCCAGCACGAAGACUCGGCUAUCACUGUGUAAAGAGUAGAGUCGUGUCUGGUAUACAAUGACACAUCGAACAUCACUUCAGUGGCGUUCGCCGUUGUUG